ACCUAGAUUUCUGAUCAAAUUUUUAGAAUUCAAAAUAUUUAAUCACGUAGUCCAUUUUUCGACCUGGCAAAGGGUAUCGGAUACGUUAAAUAAAUUACAAUACUACGGGUGAAUCUAAAGUGACCGAGUGUGACGCGAAACGCGCUCAAGAAACCAAAUUGAAGAUAAAGAAAUAGAGCUACAACUGGCAGUCUUGUACCAAGAUUUUCAUCGAAGUUUAGAGAACGGCCAACCAUGUCUUCGGAGCAGCGCGAGCAUUCCGACGGCGGUAAUCGCUUAUUCGACUGUAAGGUAUGUGGUAGACAAUUCCUUAAACAGUACAAUCUAAAGCAACACGUUAUCAGUCACACUGGCGAGCGCCCGCAUAAAUGUGAUAUAUGUGACAAAGUAUUCACUCGUUCAAGUAGCUUGAACUUGCACAAAUUGAUUCACACUGGUAAACGGCCACAUAAAUGCGAGCUAUGUGGCAAAGCAUUCCUUCGAAAGCAUAACAUGCUGCAGCACGCUGUCCAACACACUGGCGCGGAUCUGUACAAAUGUGAGAUCUGUAGUAAAGGAUUCUUUUUGAAACAGAGCCUUCAGCGACAUUUUAUAACCCACACUGGAGAGCGACAUCAUAAAUGCGACGUAUGUGGCAAAGAAUUCUCACUAAAGCAGCGCCUAGAGCGGCACCUAAUGCUACACUCAGGUGUGCGACCGUAUAAAUGUGAAAUAUGUGACAAAGAUUUCAUCCAGAAGCAUCACUUGGAGCGACACGCUACCAGUCACACUGGUGAGCAAACGUACAAGUGUGAUGCAUGUGGCAAAAUAUUUACCAUCGAGAGCGACAUGAACAAUUUGAUUCACGGUAGUGAACGGCCCCAUAAGUGCAAGCUAUGCGGAGGGCGCCCGUACAAAUGUGAUUUAUGUGGCAAAGAAUUUUUGGUGAAACAAAGCCUGAAACGACACGUGACCGGUCACUCAGGUGAGCGACCUCACAAGUGCGAUAUAUGUGGCAAAGUAUUUACCCGACAUAGCAGCCUGGUUUCGCACAAGUUGAUUCACAGCGGCGAACGUCCACAUAAAUGCGAGCUAUGUGGCAAAGAAUUCCUUCGGAAGCAUACGAUGGAGCGACACUUUGCAACCCACACCGGCGAGCGAGUACACAAAUGCGAUAUAUGCGGAGAAGAGUUCUCGCUUAAGCAGCAGUUGCAGCGACACGUUGUCAUACACUUAGGCGAGCGACCGUAUACAUGUGAACUGUGUGACAGAGGAUUCCAUCAUAAGCAUCAGCUGCAGCAACACGCUGCCACCCACAGAGAUACGUUUUCUUCCAGCUGAGUAGCACUGAGUGACUGUGUAAGUGACUUAAUCAAAAUAAAAUAAAGCUAGCGGUUUAUGCGCUAGUUGUUUUUGCUAAGAGUGAACAACUUUUUAUUUUAACUAUUUUUUUCGAGUUCUUGAAUGUACAAUAAGUAUACUAUAUUCUUUGAAAACAACGUAGUAACUGCAAAUGAGACUUUAUUUUUAAUUUAGUUAAAAACUCCGUUGAUUCUACGUUUAGUGCUUAAAUCAGCAGAACCAUAUCCAUCAUCAUAUAAAAUGUAUUGAGAAAUCCUCAAGUUUUACAAUAGGCGUCUUGAUCUUUUAGAUAUAUAUAUUUCGAUAAUAGCAGGAGCACUGGCCUUCCGCAUUUCCCUAAGCUGCGCCGCUUUCUCGACAAAAGCUGCGGCGAUCAGUCCAACGAUAGCAAGUAGAUGAGAAAAUUCAAAUCGUCAUUCUAUCUAACUCCCUGUCAGUCAUAUCCGCACUGUAAAAGGGGAAGGUCGCGUCACACUUAUAUUCUGGUUAUGUAGGGCACUUAUAAUGCACUGAACACGGUCUUCUGGGUGCUUCAUCACUGCCGAAGAAGCAUGUGUCGAGGCCGGAGUCCUACUCCCUUGCCGCUGGGAAGCUGCAAGGGUAGCCUUCAAUCGGGCACUAAACUUCCUCGAGAGGACAGCAGAUGACGAAUGCCACCUACUCAUCGUCGCAGACAACAUCCACCUGGAAUUCGCCAGCAAACUCCUCCCAACUAUCACCCGACUACAUCGCAUAAGACCACUAACCUGGCACGACACUGGACCUAACAUUGACGACAGCUUCACCCGUACAAAAAAGGUCGGAAACCCCACGAGAAGUAUUCCAAAAUAUAGUCAACUCAUCAACCGGAAAUACCAACAACAUUAAAUUAUACACCACCAGUGGACGACGGCUUCGGAGCGGAUAUCAGUGGACUGGGAAAUGGGUUCUCCUUUCGACUACCGUCCUCUUGCUCAGUGUUCACAGCAGAAGCUGCAGCCAUCACAGUGGCAAUGGCUAAAACAGACGCAGGCGAACCAACCAUAGUUUUAACCGACUCCUUGUCAGUCCUACGGGACAUCGCACCAGGAACUUCAUCCCACCCAUUCGUACAAGCCAUCGAGUCCCACCUAAACCCACUGAUUCCACUGUGCUGGAUCCCUGAGCAAUAGCGGCAUCAUAGGUGCCGACCGGCUAGCCCUACACGGCAGACGUGCCCAAGUGCAACUACCAGAAGAAGUACCAUCAAUCGACAUAUACGGAGAAUUUACCAAGAACCUGCGGAACGGAUUCACUAACCACUGGCGGAGAUCCCGAGGCCACACACAGAAGGUCAAGGGAGCUGCCGGGUGGGACAGACAAGAGUUAAUCACGUCCACAUCAUCUCUAAGGAACCAUCACUGGAAUGUACCACAUGCAACACCCGACUAACUGUUGAACACUUCCUAUGCAACUGCCGGGAACUCGAGGACCUUCGGCGACAGUAUAAUCUGACCAAUUCAAUCCGAGACGUUCUGUCCAACAAACCGGUCUGGGAGGAAAUAAUUCUAUUUUAAAAGGACGACCGUCUAUACGACUCCACCUGAAUCAACCAGACCAAACGUGGGCCCUCUGCCACAUCUUCGUCGGCUGAUGGAGAGGUUUUUCGCGGCCCUCACCAGUCAACUACAAUUAAUUCCAGCACUAGCGGAACGCAACCGACUGUGGGCCCUCUGCCACACCCCCACCGGGUGCUGGAGAGGUGUCCCACGGCGCAGACCUGCCAAGACCGAACCCUAGAAGACAUCUCAAUAGAGAAGCGAGGAACCAACUUGAAAGAACCACAGUCACACCACCGAUGGGCCCUCUGCCACGCCACUUCACGGCAAUGGAAAGGGUGCUCAUGGCACUGGAAGACCACCAUCAACCGAAAGUCCCUUCCAGCAAAUCCCAACACGACCCAGAUCAGUCAACACCGAACCCUCGAAGGAGAGGUCACCCAUGCCCCUUUGUACCACCAUCGAAGUGAAAACCAACCAACCGUUGAUACUCUGCCACGUCUCGUAGGUGGACUGACUUCACGACAAAAGCAACGGCUAACUUCACUAGCCAGUGGAUGAACUAAUAACGCCAACUCGUAAAAAUCAAGAGAAAUAAUCCUCCACGCCCUAUUGGCAAGGAUAACACUGCCGGUACUCGCAUAACAGUCCCAUGUGCAAAAUCAUCAUGUCGAGAAAAUGCGCCCAAAAGAUUUUUGUUUUAUUUUGUACCCAGUUGAGGUGCGUACGAUUUACAACUACACUAUGCCCUACCACCCUCCCAAUCAGUUUCAAUGAUGUGCAUUUGA